GGAGCAUGAUCAGUAUAAAGUUGUUCAUAUAUAUUUCUUCCCUUCUCGAAUACAUCGACUGUUUUUCGGUGGAAUGGGUCGCGUCAAGUAAAUCACCAUCAUGUUUCUCGCCGCUCCAGUGGUCAAAUCAAAUCAGAUCAUCGACGUGCUGUGAUGUGGACAACAUCAAAUGUACAUAUCUACUUCUUUAUUGUUUGUCAAGAAGAGGGGAACAUAAAUCCGAAGCAGCCUGCAUACCCAUUACCCACAAAAAAACACAUAUAAAUAAAAACAUGAAAAAGGGGCGUUUCUUUCUUUUCUUGCUCAACUUGAGUAUCAACUUGCAGGCAGCAGGAAAGGAAAGCUCUCUUUACUUCUUUAAUUAGCAGCAUCCCCGCUUGCAGGCAUUUGGUACAACCAGACACACAAGAUUCAAACGGACCAAAACAAGGCCCGCAAGACCAAGUUGGCAGCUUGCAAAAUUAAUGUACAAGUUGAUAGCGUGUUUGCAAAAUUAAUUUUAACUUAUUAAUGGACUAGUGAGGAUGUCUGGCCAGCAGCUUAGGCUUAGCAAGCUUUUUUGAUAAUGGUGAUUGCAUUAAAAAAAGAGGAAAUGAAUGUACAAAAGGCAGCUGCCAAAAGAUGAUGAAAAAUGAAAAGCAACAAAGAGCUGGGAAAGAAGGGAGGCAAAAAGAAGAAG